AUGGGGAUUGGUGAAGGGGUUCCACUUCUCUUAUCCUUUGCAUGGCUUCUUUUGGCUUUUCAUGCUGGUUCAAUUUCAGCAGGGAGGUCUACUUACAUAGUCCAUAUGGACAAAACCUUCAUGCCCAAAGCUUUUGCGAGACACGACCUCUGGUACUCCUCCAUCGUUGAUUCCAUACACCAAGUGGGUCCAACUUCAUCCAACAGCCCUCAUUCCAAACCAGAGAUUGUCUAUACUUAUGACAAUGCAUUUCAUGGUUUUAGUGUUGUGCUGUCUCAAGAUGAACUAGAUGCUGUAAAGAAAUCCCCAGGGUUUGUGUCUGCUUACAGUGAUAGGUCUGUCACGGUUGAUACCACCCACACCACUGAUUUUCUAUCCCUCAAUCCCUUCACAGGACUAUGGCCAGCUUCAGAAUAUGGCAAAGACGUUAUCGUGGGUGUUAUUGACUCUGGUGUCUGGCCAGAAAGUCUAAGCUUUCGAGACCAUGGAAUGACAGAAAUUCCAUUAAAAUGGAAAGGAACGUGCGAGGUUGGACGAGAGUUCAAUUCUUCCUUGUGUAACUUAAAGCUCAUUGGAGCUAGAUACUUCAACAAAGGAGUAAUAGCUGCACAUCCUAACAUUACUUUGAGUAUGAAUUCCGCAAGGGAUACAUUUGGUCACGGCACACACACUUCGUCCACAGCUGCUGGAAAUUAUGUUGAAGGUGCCUCAUUCUUUGGCUAUGCUUCGGGGAUGGCACGAGGGGUUGCCCCGCGUGCUAGAGUGGCAAUGUAUAAGGUCCUCUGGGAUGAAGGGCGCUACGCUUCUGACGUUCUUGCUGGUAUGGACCAGGCUGUUGCUGAUGGUGUCAAUGUAAUAUCGAUUUCCAUGGGUUUUGAUGAUGUUCCUUUAUAUGAGGAUCCAAUUGCGAUAGCUUCAUUUGGUGCCAUGGAGAAGGGUGUGCUAGUUUCUUCUUCAGCAGGAAAUGAAGGCCCAGAUCUUGGAAGAUUACACAAUGGGAUUCCAUGGGUGUUGACAGUGGCAGCAGGCAGAAUAGACCGCUGGUUUGCUGGGACAUUGACUUUAGGGAAUGGGUUAACCAUCACUGGUUGGACCAUGUUCCCUGCAAGAGCCGUUGUGGCAGAUGUUAAGCUUGUUUACAAUAAAACCAUAUCGGCUUGCAAUUCAACGCAGCUAUUAACUGGAGCCCCAAAUGGAAUCAUCAUUUGCGAUAACACCUGGCCAUUCGAGGAACAAAUAAGCAACAUUGCUACGUUAUCGAAUUUUGUAGCAGGUAUCUUUGUCUCUGAUGAUCCUCUGUUAUUUGUGUCCAAUUCUUUUUCAUAUCCUGGAGUGGUGGUUAGCUCAAAGAAUGCUCAAGCGGUUAUCAAUUAUACUUUAACCGGAGGUGUUGAACCUACGGCCAGCAUUAAGUUCCAACAAACCUUUGUGGGCACAAAACCUGCACCAGCUGUGGAUUUGUACACUUCCAGAGGUCCCGCACCGAGUUAUCCAGGCAUUCUGAAGCCUGAUGUAAUGGCACCAGGGACAUUGGUCUUGGCUGCUUGGAUUCCGAACGGUUAUGCAUCUAAAAUUGGUUCAAAUAUAGUCUUGGCUAGUGAUUUCAAUGCCAUCUCAGGUACAUCCAUGGCUUGUCCUCAUGCAUCUGGUAUUGCCGCACUUCUUAAAGGUGCACACCCAGAAUGGAGUCCUGCAGCUAUUCGUUCUGCAAUGAUGACCACUGCAAAUCCAUUCGAUAAUACACAGAAUCUUAUCAAAGACAUUGGCCAAAAUUUCGAAAUAGCUACACCUCUAGCCAUGGGAGCGGGACAAGUUGAUCCAAACCGCGCACUUGAUCCAGGUUUGAUAUAUGAUGCUACUCCACAAGACUACGUUAAUCUCCUCUGCUCCAUGAAUUUCACUCGGAAUCAAAUCCUAACCAUAACCAGAUCAAACAGUUAUCCUUGCUCGAACCCAUCUCCUGAUCUGAAUUAUCCAUCAUUUAUCGCUUUGUACUCUAACAAAACAGCAGGCGUGUUGGUUCAGAAAUUUCAGAGGACUGUCACAAAUGUAGGGGAUGGUGCAACGACAUAUAAGGUAGAGGUAGAAGCACCAAAGGGGACUGUAGUCACAGUAUCGCAGGACACAUUGGUGUUUGGACAAAAGUAUGAAAAGCAGAGCUACUCUUUGACUAUCAAUUAUUCAGGUGACAACAAUGGAACUGUUACAUUUGGUUUUAUUGUUUGGGCCGAAGUUAAUGGUAAUCACACAGUGAGGAGUCCUAUAGUGGUUUCACCAGUGGUAGCUGUUUGGUGAUCAUUCUUGGGUGCAUGGAAUGUUAUACAGGUUAUGCAAUAUCGAGCAAGACAUCCAGAAAAAGAACGUAGUAGUGAAUUGUGAAGUAAAAUGUUUGAAGUUUUCAAUAAAUUGAGAUUCAAUUGGGAGAAACAAAUUUCUUCCCUUUUGAGCAAUUUGGUUCUUCU